AUGAAACUCCAGUUCCACAAGCAGAACAAGCACAUGAAACUCCAGUUCCACAAGCAGGACAAGCACAUGAAACUCCAGUUCCACAAGCAGGACGAGCAGAAACUCCAGUUCCACAAGCAGGACGAGCAGAAACUCCAGUUCCACAAGCAGGACGAGCAGAAACUCCAGUUCCACAAGCAGGACAAGCACAUGAAACUCCAGUUCCACAAACAGGCCGAGCAGAAACUCCAGUUCCACAAGCAGGCCGAGCAGAAACUCCAGUUCCACAAGCAGAACAAGCACAUGAAACUCCAGUUCCACAAGCAGAACAAGCACAUGAAACUCCAGUUCCACAAGCAGGACGAGCAGAAACUCCAGUUCCACAAGCAGAACAAGCACAUGAAACUCCAGUUCCACAAGCAGAACAAGCACAUGAAACCCCAGUUCCACAAGCAGGACGAGCAAUUGAGUCUCCAGUUCCACUAA